AAAUGGUAGAAGAAACAACACAAACGAAUCGGUCAAGGUCGAAAAUGGCCCGGCCUAAACCUGUGUAUUUGUGGACCGUAGUCGAUGUCUUGAAAUGGUUUCGACGCGUAAACAGUGAAUAUUUGCAUUAUUUGGAAUUAUUCUCCAAGAACGAUAUUACGGGCAGGGCAUUGUUGCGCAUCAACGAUUCGUCUCUGAAACGAAUGGGGGUAACUAACAAUCAGGACCGUGAAGCAAUUUGGAGAGAAAUUGUUAAACAAAAACUCAAGACUGAUAUUAUGGAAAUUCGUGAUAUGGAACGUAUUGUCAAUCAACAUUCUAUGGCCAAAAUUACACAUCCCAAAGCGUCGACAGCGGUAGCACAAAAAUAA